CCAUAAAUUGAAGUUUUCGACAGCAGGGUCUGUUUUCAAGCUGCCUGCGGUAGAUAUGAACCCAAGAAAUGGAGAAUCAAAGACUGCAAUUACCAUGAUGUCCGGCCAUGAUGAAAGUGAGAGAUGAUUUGUCCUUGUUUAUGUAAAUCAUAUUUUCUUGCUCUUUACUUCCAUCUUCUCAAAAUGGACUACAACGAUAAUCGAGAAUGGGACAGAGGGAAAAUUUCUGACACGCCUUGGUAUCCACACGAUUCUCGUCAGAGUUAUCAUCCCAGAGAGGAUGAUCACAAUGCUCAAGGGAAACGUAGGAAAUUCAAUGACGGAGGAUACCAGGGCUAUGAUGGCUCUCAGGCUUAUGAAGAUUACAAGUAUGAUGCAAACUACACCCGUCAAGGUCCAGGAUUUCCGCAAGACCAGUCGGGACGUGGCGGUGGCCCCGGUCAUCCCAAGAAGCGGUUGCAGCCUUCAGAACCCAGUCCUCAUGUUAUAUUCCUUGGUCUUGACCCCGACUUCACAGAGUCUGAUUUGCAAUCAUAUCUCAAUUCUCAUGGAUGCAGUGUAGAAACAGUGACGAUAAUCCGAGAACGAUCAACAGGCAGUUCUUCAAAAGGUUUCGGCUUUGCGCAAUUCAGCAGCUCUGAGCAUGCUCGUGCUUUUGUGGACCCGUUGUUCCCUUUCGUUCAAGUACCCCCUCCGGCUUCCCAUGGUGCCACUGCGACUGCCGCUUUUUAUAAAAGCCUUGAAACGGGUCUACCACAUAAUGGACGGAGAGUCAAGAUUGACUAUUCGCAAAGCGCCACCCCACAUGAAAAAGGCCGAUCAAGGGGAAAUACCAACGACGGUACUCGGGACAUUGGGAAUGUUCAGGCGCCUGUCCUACUAUUCAGAGGACUCGAUCCGCUUUCCGGACCACAAGCUAUUCAUCAAGCGAUGAGGAAUUCAUCGGGAGUCGGCAAAGAAGGUGCUCAAGGCAUGAAGAGAAUCAUUCUUAUCAAGGACAAAGUUACGAUGGCCAGUUUUGGUUUUGCCUUUGUGGAGUUCAUAGACACACUGUCGGCUUCUGCAGUGCUUGCAGCAACAAUGUCUCCACAAAUUCAUCCCGCCGGGUUUAGAAUAUCUGAUAGGCCUGUUGCCCCUUCGUUCGCUCAUCCCGACUCUUUCCAACCGAUCCAGGAAAUUAUGCUUCGAGACGAAGCCUGUCUCGUGUCGUCACUUGCUCUCGGCGGAGUGGAGGGCACUUACGUUCGCUACUGGGACGAAUCUUCAAUGGUCGCAGUUCUUGAAUUCCAAGUUGCCACACCCCAAUCAUCAACAAUACCUAAUGCUAAAGAUAAAAAGGAGAAGAAAAAGAAGGAUUCUGCUGCACGUCCUACCGCGCCUCCCAUACCUUCUGCAUUGCCUGUAUCCGACAAGCCUGUCACGCUUAGUUUCAACAAGGGCCCCUUCAAAACCGGCAUAAGCUUGGGUCCAGCCGUGAAACCUCUGUCUUUGGGUUUUUCCGCUGAUGAUCUUGAAGAGGACGACGAUAAAGAAGAUAGCUCAGGAAUUGGCAGCAAAGUGAAUAACUCGAAAGGCGUUGCCUCUUAUGUGGCAAGUAAGAAGAUCAUCAACAAUAUCAACAAGUGGAAUCAAGUUCAAGAGGAACUUUCGGGCAGUUCUAAAACAAAUUCCUCUACACUGGUAGCUCCCACUGAAACUCCAACGGUAACUUCGGCAAAUGCGUCUGCGCCAGCGGGCCCUCCGCCAGCAGAGGACGGGUUUGAAUUCGCGGACAUGAAUUCAUUCGCAUGUCUGCUUUGCUCCCGACAAUUCAAAUCUGUUGACCAACUCAAGCGGCACAACAAGGAAUCCGAUCUUCAUAAGAAGAACUACGAAGAUGUCGACCUGCGAGAUCUGGCUCGGCAAAAGGUGACGGCCCGUCAGCAGGUCAGAGUUUCUGAACAACCAAAAUAUCGGGACCGAGCUUUGGAGAGACGGUCUCUUUUCAAUCAACCAGAUGUUCCUGUUCCCGAUGUCGAAGCUAGCAAACUCUCUAAGAGGAAGCAAGUGGAAGGUCCUCCUCCGCCUCCUCCGCCUCCGCCUCAGCCCUUGAAUCCGGGCCAGGACGGGAACAACGUCGGCAACAAGUUACUCAAGAUGAUGGGCUGGAAGGAAGGAACUGGUCUUGGAGUCCAUGGUGAAGGUCGAGUGGACCCCAUUAAGACUGCCAUAUAUACUGAAGGCGUUGGUCUGGGCGCCAGUAAGGGCAAAGAAGUGGGCAAAUUUACUGACGCAAGUUCAGGGUAUCUGUCUAUGGCCCAGGAAUCGGCUCGCGAACGUUACGGUUCUUAAAUCAAAGCGCUACUCCAUACCCAUCUCCCUCAGACACUGUUUGUCUUGCAUAUCGAGACCGGAAUGAUAUUUAUUAAUAUUAAAUGAAAACUUGUACGGACGCGCAAGUUACAUAAAGGAGUGACUUAAUUAAUUUCCCUACGCCAAAGCGAGAACAACUGCAGCCAUACUAAAGAUCAAAGUAGUAGACCAAGUUUUUGAAACCAUGGCAGCAUUGCUUGCAGAGCUGGUACUACUAGCUGCAGCGGAUCCAGAAGUCUCAGUCCCGGUGGAGAUGGAAGCCAAGGUCGACGAUUGUACAGCAGAAGUGGCGGAAACAGACGUGGUGCUAGUACCGACUUCGACAGUAAAGUAAUUUGCCUGUAAGGAAACUCGAAUGAAAAAAAUUUUUGCUUAUAUGUGACACAGAACGAACUGCAACUAUGGGGCCGAGUUGAGAAUCCUGCAAUUUUCCGUCAGAAAUGG